UUCUCGAGAUUAGAUUAAAACACAUGUAGUCACACACACAAUGUCGCCACUAUGCACUCAGUUUAAAGAAAAAAAUAAUAAAAAAAUAAAAUAUUGUGGGUAGACUGCACUUCCCUAUAGAAUAUUCCGUUCGGUUCGUCAUUCACAUUUCAGUGCUCCGCCACUUUGCAUUAUUAAUCGUGUCAGUGUUAUUUUUAUCGGCAGUUUUAGGUUUUUUGUGUUCAAAAUGCCGAAAAGAAAGCGUGGUGAUUCAAUAAGUUAUAUAAGAAAGAAAAUUAAGAAGCUAGAAAAGAAGUUAUUAAAAGGAUGCCGCAGAUCUUCGUCCAGUUCCGAGCAGUCGUCGUCAGAACCACAAGAUGACAAAUUUAUGGAUUUGGAGAAUCCUGCAUAUCCAGUAGUAGAUCUAGAUGAGCCGGUACCAUCAACCAGCGCAUCAAAUAUACCUGAGGUUACACAAGAACCUCCUCCCCAAUCGACGGCUGUUGAAGCCGGAAUAAUUGAGAUUGAGGAUCAUCAACCGGAUUUAGAUGAAACUGUCCUGCAAAUAUUAGGAACAGAUCCGUUAACCACUACGAGUUUUGGUAAGGAUAUCCAGAAGGACCUAGCCACUCGUUAUGAACACAUAGCCACUUCUGGUUUGACGAAAGAACUCCGCAAGGAGCUUUUAGAAUCUCACUUACCUCCAGCUAACUGUAAGCUGAUUGACGCACCGUCUCUUAAUCCUGAGAUUAAAGCUGCUGUCACGGACGUCAUAGUGAAGCGGGACAAAGCUAUGCAGGCGAAACAGAAACAGUUAGGCAGUGCUAUCGCAUGUCUAAGUGAAGCUAUUACUAUUCUUUUAUCAAAAGAAACAAAAGAUCCUAAUAUACUAAAAUUACUCGUGGACGCAGGGCGCAUUUUGUGCGACUGCCAACAUAAUGAUUCUAUCACUAGACGUAACUUCAUUCUUGCUGUCUUGAAGAAAGAAUUAAAAGAUCAGAUGCAACUGACCAAAAUUGACAAUCUUCUUUUUGGACAAGAGCUAGCCGACACAUUAAAAACUGCCAAGGCAAUAAAUAGGUCAGGGGCUGAGCUGAAGUCUGUUCCGUUACCCAAACCUUCGAGCAAACCGAGACCUCCGCCUUCUACCAGGAAUUUAAACUGGAAGGCUCCAGCCCCGAACCGCAGACCGACGGGGCCUCGGCUAGCGAAGGAGUCUGCACCUUCAACGAAGCAACAGCACGCGCACUCGUCCAGAGGGUCGCGUCCGAGCAGCAGCCGCAGCCGCCAGUAGAUACUACGGUAAAUUUUGCCGCAACCGUCAGAUACACCAGCAGAUUACCCUGGUUGCCGGAGUCUUGUGCGGGAAUCUCUACUGAGAAGAAGUAUUCCUCCUGCAUCUGUUCACAUCAUGUUGGCAUCACUAUCGGAAAAUUCCAUCAAACAAUAUGACACUUGUUUGAAGAAAUGGCAUUUAUUUUGUAAAGCCAACAAUGUUAAUAUUUAUGAGGCCUCUAUCCCAAAAAUUAUUUAUUUUUUUACUGAGCUUUUUCAAUCCGGUGCUCAAUAUGGUACUCUGAACAGUUGCAGAUCGGCUUUGUCUUUAAUCAUUGGUCAUCAAAUCAGUGAAGAUGAUCGGGUAAAGAGAUUCUUCAAAGGGUUAUUUAGACUUCGGCCACCCUUACCCAAAUACGAUUCGACCUGGGAUACCUCAUUAGUUAUAGAAGCAUUGGCUAGCUGGGUGCCUAACGAUAAUUUACCUUUAGAUAAAAUUACAAGGAAAUUGAUUACUAUAUUGGCACUUGUUACAGCUCACAGAGUUCAAACCCUAUCAAAAAUUAAAAUCGAGAAUAUUAGUUAUUCAUCCAAUGAAAUUCAUAUUAAAAUUCCUGAUUUAAUAAAAACAUCCAGUGUUAAAUCAAAACAGCCAAUGCUUGUCCUACCAUACUUUAGGGAAAGACCCGAAGUAUGUCCUGCUAAGUUACUAAUUGAUUACUUACAUGUAACUGAACAAUUACGUCAUAAUCAUACCUUUCUCUUUAUUAGCACCAAAAAACCACAUGGUAAAGUUGGUGCUCAAACAUUAAGUAGGUGGAUAAAGAGUACUUUAGAGACCUGUGGAAUUGACGUUUCCAUUUUUUCCGCUCAUAGUACCAGGCACGCCAGUACUUCCCGAGCUCAUAUUAUGGGCGUCAAUUUAGAUUUAAUAAGGAAAACUGCCGGAUGGUCUGGCACAUCUUCAACUUUUGGAAAAUUUUAUAAUAGAUCAGUUUCAAAUGCUCCCAGAGAAACAUUUGCUAGGAGUAUCCUAAUUGAGGAUAAUUCAUAAAUUAUUCCCUAUUUUUUGAUUGUAUAAUUAAAUAAUCUAUCUUUAAAACGAUAUUAAGUUGCGAUAUGAAUAAAUCGUUGUUAAUUGUGUACCUUUCAUUGUUAAUAAAAAGAUUAGACAAUGAA